AUGGGUAGAGGAAGAGUUGAGCUGAAGAGGAUAGAAAACAAAAUCAACCGGCAAGUUACUUUCUCAAAAAGAAGAAAUGGCUUAUUGAAAAAAGCUUAUGAACUCUCAGUUCUAUGUGAUGCUGAAAUUGCCCUAAUCAUUUUCUCAAGCCGUGGCAAACUCUCUGAAUUUGGAAGCUCAACUUCUGGCAUUGGCAAAACCCUAGAACGAUAUCAGAGAUGCUCUUAUACUUCUCAAAAUGAUAAUGAUAAUGAACAUGAAACUCAGAACUGGUACCAAGAGAUCUCAAAGCUAAAGGCAAAGUAUGAGUCACUUCAAAAGUCUCAAAGGCAAUUGCUAGGGGAAGAUCUUGGACCAUUGAACAUUAAAGAGUUACAAAAUCUUGAGAAACAACUUGAAGGAGCUUUAGCACAAGCUAGGCAGAGGAAGACACAAAUUAUGAUUGAACAAAUGGAAGAGCUUAGGAAAAAGGAACUUCACCUUGGAGAAAUAAAUAAGCAACUUCGAUUCAAGCUUGAAUCAGAUGGAUUUAAUCUGAAAGCAUAUGAAAGCAUGUGGAACACUACUAAUUCUGCUACUGUUGCUGGAGGAGGCAACUUUCCUUUUCAGCCUUCUGAAACCAAUACCAUGGAUUGCCAACCUGAACCUUUCUUGCAAAUAGGGUACCAAAACUAUGUUCAAGCUGAACAAUCCAGUGCUCCAAAGAACAUGGUUGGUGAGACUAGCUUUAUCCAAGGAUGGAUGCUUUGA